CUUCGUGAGGGGCGGGACCGUUGGGCCUCCGCUGUGCCGCGCUGGGAUGGAGAACUUUGCCAGAUCUUGCUUUCCCUAAGCAGUUGGUGGGUCUCGAGGUUUCUGCUCUUUGCAAAAACUACUUAUUAAAAUUCUCAUUAGAAGCCGAUUCGCCGCCGGAAAUCUCUGGCUGUAACGUAAUCAACUCUUCACGCUGCUCUGUGGUCAGGAUCACCAAGUCUGGUCUCUGUUGUUUCGAAAGGCAAAAGGAAAAGGGUAUCCUCGCCAACACAGUGCAUUUCUGGUUAUCUUUUAUGGCUCCAAAUCUCAAGUCAGUUUAGAAUCAACCGCCCUUCAGCGUCAGGCUCCUCUGUGACCUCAGCGCACCGCGAAGCCUUUGGAAGCGGCGUAGCUUCCAGGUCUUCCCCUGGAAGCCCGGCGGUGUGAUUACGCGCCCUGCGCGCGGGGCACGCCGGGAGUUGUAGUCCGCUUCGUACGGCGUUGCCAAGUCUCCGGAAGUGGAAGUGUAAGAGGCCGGACCGAUUUGGCUCUGGGUAGCGGGACUCCACACUGGGGCGAUACUCCCGGGCGGGUCAUGAACGGACCAGCGGACGGCGAAGUGGACUACAAAAAGAAAUACAGAAACCUGAAGCGGAAGCUUAAGUUUCUCAUUUACGAACACGAGUGCUUCCAGGAGGAGCUCAGGAAGGCACAGAGGAAAUUGCUGAAGGUUUCCCGGGACAAGAGUUUCCUUCUAGAUCGACUUCUGCAGUAUGAGAAUGUGGAUGAAGAUUCUUCCGAUUCAGAUGCCACUGCCUCUUCAGAUAACAGUGAGACCGAGGGGACGCCCAAGUUGUCUGACACACCAGCCCCCAAGAGGAAGAGAAGCCCUCCGAUGGGCGGUGCCCCGUCCCCUUCCAGCCUCUCCUUGCCUACUUCAACAGGAUUUCCACUGCAGACUUCUGGGGCCCCGUCCCCAUACCUGAGUUCGCUGGCUUCUCCCCCUUACCCCCCAUUCCCUUCUGACUACCUGGCCCUGCAGCUGCCUGAGCCCAGCCCCCUGAGGCCCAAGCUGGAGAAACGGCCCCGCCUACCCCGGAAACUCAAGAUGGCUGUAGGACCCCCUGACUGUCCUGUGGGUGGGCCACUGGCCUUCCCUGCCAGGGGUUCUGGGGCCAGUGUUGGGGCAGCCCUGACCCCCCUGCCUCCUCCCAAGAUGCCCCCACACACGAUCCUGAGCACCGUCCCUCAGCAGAUGUUCAGCGACACAGGCAGCGGGGAUGAUGCCCUGGACGGAGACGACGACCUGGUAAUCGACAUCCCGGAGUAGCGCCCCGUGACCCGCCGAGCCCCACACAACAUGCGCGAGACCACUUCUUCAAGAGAUGUUUAUUGAUGCCCAGUUGCCAUGCUUCGGCCACUGACACAAUCAGAAAAGGCGUAAACAUGCACAAAUGUCCCCGAGGAAGGUGGCAGGGGCCCUGUCCUCACAUCCCAGCCCCAUUCAGGGGACAGUUAUUUAAAUGAGUGGCCAAGAGGAUAUGCCACAUCUUAGGGAGCAGAGACCCUGUGGAGGCUGCCCCUUUAGAAGAGCAGCUGAACAGGGCUGGGACUUUUUAAAGAAGGCUCUGUAUUAAAGGGCUGGCUCUUUCUUUCCUUGUUCUUUCCUCCUUUGGAAAUGUCCUCCUCUAAUCUCCCCUAAUCCGACCUCCUCCCUGUGCAGCAGGGGGCCGGGCAGCCUGGAGAGGCCAAGAGGAGUAGCAGGGUGGGGUAGGAGCACUGGCAGGACACCCCACAUGGCCCCGUGCGUGGGGGUUGCAUAUUUGCGGUAACAGCAAGUCAGGCAGGAGAAAGUUUGCAUAUGUGAAAUAGCUCUCCAUGGUCCCUCACAAGAAGACAGACCCACGGUCACAGAGACUCACAAAAAUAAGACAGGUAGUGUGGGGCAGGGGGCAUCCCACCCCAUGUAAACGUGCAACACACUCGUGCGAAGGUUGGGUACUGGACCCGGCCCCAAGGGCCUGUGCUGGGCGGCUACUGUCUGCUCAGGCCAAAGGGAAAGCCCCUGCUGCUGGGGGCAGCUCGCUGGUCAGGGUGUGCCAGCGCUCCAGGGCUGUGUCCGGUUGAUGUAAACAGUCACUCCAGUGUUUCUGCGCCUCUCCCCGGGCUCCUGGCCCCAGAGACACACCACCUAGAGAACAGCCAAGGCAGGCAGACCUAAUCAGUGCCCAUUCUCCUGCCCCACUUCCCUUGGCACCUGGUGGGCCCCUCCACUCACCAAUGAAGUCAUUGGAUUUGCCAAUGUCGUAGUCCCAGACUGUGACUUCCAGGGUCUUGGUGGCCAGAGUGGAGAGUUCCAUUUCAUAGAAGAACUCCUGAGAACAAGGCGGCAGUGCUUUUUGUCAGGCCUUCUGACCACAUCCCCACCCCCAGCCCAUCUUCACUUGUCAUGUUUACCUCAUUAAAUUCUGGGUUUAAUGUCUUCUUCUUUA